AUGAUCUGGAUUCCCAACAAAGCUGCAAUUCAAAAGCGCCGCGAUCUGUUUUACCGUAUGUGGAGUGUUUAAUUUCAUGUCGCAAUUCUAUUUGUAUAAAAUUACGCGCUUUUACAAUAUCGAAAUCCCUGAACGAUUUAUUUUAUCAUCGUAAGCUUGUUAAUUAAGAAGUCCCCCCAACGAUCGCAGAAUCUUUUCAAUUCAUAAUUCAUAAUUCAUCUUUCAUAAUUCAAUAUCCCUUACCUCAAAUCACCCCU